UGUUUGUCGGCGUUUCAAUUUUUUAGCAGGUGAAUCAGUUCACUUGUUUUCGUUCUUGGUGGCUGCUGUCUAGGUGAAACAGGCUACAGAGGUUGUUAGUGCGUUCAACUUUAGUAUUCCGUUACUGUAUACAAUUAUGUUCAAUUAUAAUUAUUGAAUACCUACAUGAUUUUUAAAAAAACAUCAAUAUUUAAUGCCCMUGUCAGAAGUUAUCUAACAUUUGAUUUCGAAAAUACUUCUUCAAACAAUGUAGGUUUUGAAGGAAUAAUAAAUUUAAUAAACAAACCUACUAGCAGCAUCUACAACAGUAGUAGUAGCAGCAGGUCCGGGUUGGGGAAGAUUCAGCAUUCCAGGUCGGUUGUUGUAUCUUGUGGAUGGUUUUGUUCCACACCAGUUCAGUUACAAACACCGUGUUUAUAUUGGAUGUCUACAGUCAUGGAUACUUUGAAUAUUGCUUGUAUCGUAUUUACACCUAUUUAUAAAAUGUGUACAAACGGUACCGCGGAAAAAUAAUCACAGAAAUUUGGUCCCCGGAAAUAACCCAGUGAAAAAAUUACCAUGGAAAGAUACCUAAUCCCAUAUUACAUCUUGCAAAAUUAUAAUG